CCGCGCCCUCACCCGCCUCGACGCUCGAAUCUGCACGCUCCCGCUCGCCCGCGCUCGCCCACGCUCGCCCACACUUCACUCACCUCUCCCAGCAUGAAUCGCGGCCGCGGCGGAGGAAAAGUCCUCCUCCCUCCCAUCAACUUCAUCUUCAAGCUGCUGCAGUCACGUGCCACCGUCUCGGUCUGGCUGUACGAAAACCUCGGUCUGCGCAUCGAGGGCAAGCUCCGCGGCUUCGAUGAGUUCAUGAACCUCGUCAUCGACGACGCGGUCGAGGUCACCAUGGCGAAGAAGGACACACCAGAGGAGCGGCGCCGGGUCGGCCAGAUCCUGCUCAAGGGCGACAACAUCUCUCUCAUUCAGCAGCUCCAAUGAUUACGAACGCUACAAACUGGCGGCGAGCCGCUCCAUUCGCGCUUUGGAUCGCGCAGGAAGCAU